ACUGCUUUGUGUGCCCCACUGCAACGAACGGUCAGCUGAUUUUGACAAAUCCUUAGAAAAGUUAACCUAACUUGAAUAUGAAAUGAAAUGUUUUGCGCCAAUUUUUGCCGCCAACGGUUAACGGUUAUGUUAUGCUAUACGGCAGCACGCGUCAACGCUCUUCUCGAUCCUCCAUUAUUUCAUUACUUUAAACAGAUUUGCAUUUCCAAAAUGUCUGUUAUUUGCGAGUCCAACAAUAGCUGCGUCUUGAAAUUCUCCAAAAUUUUGCCGGAAGCAGCAACUCCAGUAAAGGGUUCAAAAAAAGCAGCAGGAUUCGAUUUGAAAAGUGCUGUAGAAUGUGUAGUUCCACCUCGUGGAAAAGCUCUAGUGGACACUGGUUUGGUCAUCCAACUUCCUGAGGGAUGUUAUGGAAGAAUAGCCCCUAGAUCAGGUUUAGCAGUUAAGAAUUUCAUCGAUGUGGGAGCUGGAGUAGUUGAUGAAGAUUAUCGAGGACAUCUGAGAGUAGUCCUCUUUAACCAUGGAGAUGAACCGUUCAAAGUUAAUGUAGGAGAUAGGAUAGCUCAACUCAUUUGUGAGAGAGUAUACUACCCUGAAUUGCAGGAAGUUGAGAAUAAGGAGCUUACCGAAACAGAAAGAGCGGCUCAAGGUUUUGGUUCUACAGGUACCAAGUAAAUUUAUGAAUGCAUUAGUAUUAACCAUCUCAUUGCGCUUUCAUUUUUUUCAUUUUUUUAUUUGUUCAUCCAAGUUUUUGUUCCUUUAUUUGUAUACAUUGUAAACAGUGAUAUAUUACCUCUGCCUAUGUUUUCAAUAAAUUUUUAAUUGUU